UCGGCAGAUCUAACAAGCUAAACCGGAAGUGCGCGUGGUGUCACCCUCUUGGCUUCCGGCUCUUGGGUGGCUAUGCUAGCUCGGAGAGCCGCCUCGGCGCCCCGAUUGGAAUGGAUUUAGAGAGCGCUUUUCAAACGGUUGGCGAGUUUGGACCCUUCCAAAAGCGGGCCGUAUUUGUCCUCAACCUGUCCCAGCUCUACAUGGCCUGUCAGUCCAUGCUCAUCGUUCUGGUUGGAUCUACACCGCAAUACCAAAUCCAGUCACCGGACACCGCCCAGCCCAGUCAGCAGGUGCAGCUCCAACACGUCACCUUCACAGAAGAUGUGGACUCCAUAGUGACCGAGUGGCUCCUCGUCAAGCAGCAGGCUUACAAGGUCGGCCUCGCGGGAUCACUGUUCUUUGCUGGACUUCUGGUUGGGAACGUCGUUUUUGGGCCGCUAUCUGACAAGAUCGGCAGGAGGCCCGUCUACCUGACAGGUCUGUUUCUUGAGGUGGUUUUUGGUUAUGUGACUGCUUUGGCGCCCAGUUACGAGGUCUUCGCCGCCUCCCGUCUUCUGGUGGGGUUGAUGAACGGUGGCAUCGGCCUCGUCUGCUUUGUCCUCACCCAGGAGUAUGUGGGCAAGUCCUACUGGGCCAUGACAGGGACGAUGGCCAGCAUGUCAUUCGCUGUCGGCAUUGCGCUGUUCGCCGCUCUGGGAUACCUCAUCCGACCGUGGAGGACGCUGGCGAUGGCCGCCAACUCCUCUGGCGUCCUUUUCUUCCUGCUAUCUGUGACGCUCCCAGAGUCUCCUCGGUGGCUUUAUUCUCAGGGUCAGACGGAGCGAGCCGAAGAGGUUCUGAGGUACAUGGCUCAGAAGAACUACAACAUUGCCAACAACCUCGUCCUGCAGCGCGUCAGUGCUGGUAAGCCUGGUUACCAUGACAACAGGCACUCUGGAGUCCUGCAGCUCGUCCUCCAUCCCGUGCUCCGCCAGCGGACCGUCGUCCUCAUGUAUGUGUGGUACGCCUGCAGCUUGGUCUAUUACGGUCUGACUCUGGGGGCUGGCGACAUGUCCGGGAGCCGAUACCUGAACGUCGCCAUGUACGGCGUGGUGGAGCUGCCUGCCUACCCCCUCUGCAUCUACUUCAUCAACAAGCACUGGGCUGGCAGGAGGAAGAGCAUGGCCGCCUUCCUGUGUUUAGCAGGCGUGGCGUGCCUCUGCACCACGAUGGUCCCUGAAACCUCCGGACUUUUUCUGAGUGUCACCUCUUUGGCUCUCUUGGGGAAACUGAUGGUCAGCGCAGCCUUCAACAUCGCUUACGUCUACACAUCUGAGCUUUACCCAACCGUCAUCAGGAACGCCGGUUUGGGAGUUUGCUCCAUGUCCUGCAGAGUGGGAGGCAUCCUGGCGCCAUUCGUCCCGUCCAUGCGGGCUCUGCACACCUCCAUGCCCUUCACCGUGUUCUGUCUGAGUGGUCUGUCUGCUGGCUGUCUGGGCCUCCUGCUGCCGGAAACUCUCCACAAACCUGCAGCUGAAACCCUGGAGGACCUGAGCAGCCCGACCCACGCCCGCGUUCUGGAGACCAAGGCUCUUCUUUACGACGACAAUGAAUCCAACCACAAGUGACCUCCACCUCUACCAUGCUGCCUUGGAGCCAGGGACAUCUCCUUCAAGUACCUCAGACAGAAUCCUGUCGUCUUUUUAAGCUGCGACAUUCCUAGUUGACAGGGAGGGGGCGCCCUGCCUGUAGGAAGAGGAAACAAUCGCUCCUCUUCUGCUUCUUCUUGAAGCCAGUGGCUUUUUCUGCAGAUAGCAGGAAGCCAAGCAGUUUUUCCCACAGAGGAGAGUUGAAGGGAAAAGGAUCAUCAAGCGUUUUACCAGCAAAGCGUUUCCUUCUCAUGAAACUGUUUGCUGCUUUCAUGUAAAAAUGUGCGUGUGCCAGUGGUCCAGAAAAGGUCAAAUUCACUGCCAGUGCUUUGAUUUAGUCUUCAAGUUUGACAUAUUUGUGUCUCAGAUUCAGAGAAAAAAAAUAGUUUGACAAAGGUAUCCAGUUUACAGAUUUUUGCAGACAUUUUAGGACUAUGAGAACCAAGAUGUGUAUGGUGCACUAGCAGCUGGAGGCCUCUAGGAGGAGCUGUUUCCAUUUUGUAAGAUUCUGAACUCGUAAA